CUAUCCCUUCCAGCACUGCCUGGGAACUGUCUUUGAGAUCUAAUUAAGAUCAGUUUCCUUGUUCUGCCCCAGUGUCUUGCAUAAGGGCUGCCAGACACAAUGAAGGUUCUCCUACUGAAAGAUGCCAAGGAUGAGGACAGUGGCCAGGAUCCAUAUAUCCAGGAACUGGGAUUGUAUGGACUGGAAGCUACGCUGAUUCCUGUUCUGUCGUUUGAGUUUUUGUCUCUUCCCAGUUUGUCAGAAAAGCUCUCUCAUCCUGAAGGCUUUGGAGGACUCAUUUUCACCAGCCCCAGAGCAGUGGAAGCAGUGAAGCUCUGUUUGGAGAAGGACAAUAAAACUGAAGACUGGGAAAAGUCUCUGAAAGACAGAUGGAACGCCAAGUCUGUGUACGUGGUUGGAAAUGCCACCGCUUCUCUGGUGAAUAAAAUUGGCCUGGAUGCAGAAGGAGCACACAGUGGGAAUGCAGAAAAGCUCGCUGAAUAUAUUUGCUCAAGGCCAUCUUCAGCACUGCCUCUUCUCUUUCCCUGUGGAACCAUCAAAGGAGAUACUCUUCCCAAAAUGCUCAAGGACAAAGGGAUCCCCAUGGAAAGCAUGCAUGUCUAUCAGACAGUUCCACACCCUGGAAUCCAAGGGAACUUGGAGAACUACUAUGAAAAUCAGGGAAUCCCAGCCAGCAUCACAUUUUUCAGUCCCUCCGGCCUUAAAUACAGCCUUGAGUAUAUCCAGACAUUAUCUGGUGGCAGCUUUGAUCAGAUUAAGUUUGUAGCCAUUGGCCCUAGUACAACUCGUGCUAUGACUGCCAGGGGCCUGCCUGUGAGCUGCACAGCAGAGAGCCCCACACCACAAGCCCUGGCUGCAGGUAUCAGGAAAGUGCUGCAGCCAGAAGGCUGCUGCUGAAGUCUGUGCUGAGCCAGCUCCUUCCCUGUGCAUGGACGGGACAGCCUGUUGCUACCUCUAGGAUGGAACUCAGACCCAGAGAAGGGCUCUGGAGAAGCUGCUGUGUCACUGUCCUCAUGGAGUCCAGCUUGGAACCUAGGCUAGGUUCACUGUCCAUUGGACCCCAGGAGGAGGAGAGUGUCCUGUGCCUAGAAAGAAAGACAUGAAGGCAACUGCAUGGUGACUUGUGCUUGCUGCCCACUUUUUUUAAAAAAAUUAUUUCUUUUAUGUAUAUGGGUGUCUUGUCUGCAUGUAAAUCUGUGCCAUGUGCAUACCUAGUGCCUGCAGAGGCAAGGAGAGAGUCAACUGAAACCAGAGACAGCUGUGAGCCACCAUCUGGGUCCCGGGACCCAAACCUGGGUCCUCUGAAAGAACAGGUGCUCUCCAGCACUGAGCCAGCACUCCAG